AUGGAAGUUGCCUCCUCUGGUGCCAGCACUGCAUUAAGCAGUGCAAAGGCCGAACCAAAGCGGGAACAGCAAAGCACCGGCAGUGGGGAUGCCCCCUCCGGUGCACCAAUAGAUGACGAUGAAAGCUCGGACUCAGAAGUUUCUUCGGCGGGUUCCUUGGAGAUGGAGCCUCUGGAGGAGCAAACUUUGGCAAUGCUCAUAGAGCAGUGGGCCUCUGCAACGCCAGUCAAACAAGAGGAUCCGCAGCCCGAGCCUCACAUAGUGGCUGUGAGGCAAGCUAACCAAAAGCACCCGAAGGCACCGCGGCAUUAUUUGUCGCAGGAAAUGUUCUUGCUCAAGGAUGUCUUCAGCAAUGUCCUGAUGCGGCCACCAAGGCAACUCCGCAUGGUCGGCAAGGGCAAUUGGAGAGUGGUGUAUGGGUAUAAUGAGAGGAUGGUCAUCAAGCUUGCGGAUGCCCCGCACGGCAAUGAAGCGCUGAUGUCCACCUUGUUCCCGUCCAUCACCGCUGAAGUGGUCUGGCAAGGCAGAGUGCACGUUGCUAUGCAAGCUGGCCCUGCCACUGAGCUAGUCACUUUUUACGGCCUGGUGCAAAAGCGCUCUGAGCUCGCUGUUGAGCGCUUUAAAAGCAUGGGCAAAGAGCAGAUCAAGGAGUUCCUCUUCUACGUUGGAGCAGUCCUAACGUGGGUGGAGAGCAAAAACGUCUCAAUCUGCGAUGUUGGGCCCAGCAACCUCGCUGUAAACCCGGCGUAUGCUGACCCGCCACGCCUUCUCCUUGUGGACACACAGGACUGGUACCAGGCAGGGGCUCAGCGAAAGAAGGGUUUCUCCGGGAUGCUGCGCUUAGCGUACAGUGUAUGCCCAGAAGCUGAGCCACUGCUGCACAAGAUCUGGUCAGGCCUCAGAAACCACUUCCCUAAGCGGUUUGCAGCCUUCGCGGCGGAGGCGCCGUCCUACCACCAUGUCUUGCGUCAGCAGGGCUGUGCCAUCCACAAUGGCGAACUG